AUUGCACGUAUUAGUCCGCGCGUUUUGAGAAAAUAGAUUCAAAUGAAUGAAUUCAUCAAUCGGCACCAGCCUGGGUUGAACACGUGCGGCUUCUUAUUGGAUUUCGUUGAAAUAGUGUUUUAUUAUCAGGAUUAUUAUUAUUACAUCCUUCUUAAAUAAGACAUUAACACUUACUGUGUUAGAGGAAGCGCUUCACCAAUAUUAAGCAGCUUAUCUAAACGUGCCGUUCCGUGCCAGGAAGGCUCCACUCCCGCGCGCCGGCCUGCUUUCAUUUGUCUGGUUUUUCUGACGCGCCAGUGUUUAAAAUACAUCAAAUAAUUCCUCUGGCUCUUCUCGAUCAUUCAGACAUUUUUUUUUAUCAUCCUUUUACACGUGCGCACGCUCCCCGCCAUCAGCUCCCGGGAGUCCACGUGGUCCAACCGCUCACACUAAAUGCAGAUAGGCGUCCGUAAGCUACAAAAUGAUACACAGUUCUCGGAAGAUCAAUCGUGACGCGCUUGCUCAGCAAAAACCAGGGGGCGUCUCUAAGCGGAGACCCCCCCUUCCUCUCCAUUCAGCUCAGUUGGCUUACGUGGGGCCUACGUAACCCAGUGUUGGCACAACAGUGAUCUGCACAUGCGGUGGCCGGAGCCAAGGGUCCGAGCCACAGACCAGACACCGACGUGGCGCAGGGCUUUUACGCACGAAAGGAUGAAGUUUGCAGUCGAGUCGUAAUUUCUGUUCUCCUUGAGAGAACCCAUGAUUUUAAAAACAUCGGUUUUCCUGAUUCCAAAUUAAAAAAAGUCCUCUAUUCGGAGUCCAAGGCAAAACAUAUCCCUGAGUGAUCUCCAAAUAGAUAAAAGAAAAGAAAAAAAGAACCCCAACUUCGUUAUGCUCGGGGGGCUGAUAGUGACAUUUAUCGCUUGCUGAGUACGCCCUGUCCUCCUGAUUGGUUCGCAGUGAAGGCAGGGCAGUAUAAAUACACUCGAUGGGGCUCUCCCCCUUCCUUUUAUUUUGGAACCUGCCAACGCACUCGGUACCAUCAUGCCUGUCAUCAGAAUCCUCAGCAGGGUGGCCAAGCAGGCCCUCAGCACCCCGGGGUGCGGCUGUCAGCCCCUGACGGUGGCUGUGCGCAACGUCAGCUUCUCCCCUCGGCAGGUGACGUCCGACGCCAGCUUCCACUCCGUGUCCUUCUCAGAAACAGACCACCCCAAGGUGCUCAUCACAGGUGGUCUCGGUCAGCUCGGGGUGGGACUCGCCAAAUUGUUGAGGAAGAGGUUCGGAAAGAACAACGUCAUCCUGUCUGACAUCAGAAAACCUCCGAGCAGCGUUUUCCACAGCGGCCCCUUCAUCUACUCCGACAUCCUCGACUACAAGAACCUGAGGGAAAUCGUGGUGAACAAUCGCAUCACGUGGCUCUUUCACUACAGCGCCCUCCUCAGCGCGGUGGGAGAGGCUAACGUGGCCCUGGCUCGUUCAGUGAACAUCACCGGGCUUCACAACAUCCUGGACAUCGCAGCGGAGCACGGCCUUCGUCUGUUUGUCCCCAGCACCAUCGGGGCCUUUGGUCCCACCUCACCCCGGAACCCGACGCCAGAUCUCUGUGUGCAGAGGCCCCGCACCAUCUACGGCGUCUCCAAGGUCCACGCUGAGCUGAUGGGAGAGUACUACCACCACCGCUACGGCCUGGACUUCCGCUGCCUGCGCUACCCAGGAAUCAUCUCUGCUGACUCCGUCCCCGGUGGUGGCACAACAGACUACGCCGUCCAGAUUUUCCACGACGCGAUCAAGAACGGCAAGUUUGAGUGCAACCUGAGGGCCGACACGAGGCUGCCCAUGAUGUACAUCGACGACUGCCUCCGCGCCACGCUGGGGGUGAUGGAGGCGCCGGCGGACACGCUGAGCAUGAGGACGUACAACAUCAACGCCAUGAGCUUCUCCCCCGAGGAGCUGGCCCAGGAGCUGCAGAAGCAGAUGCCAGAGCUGGAGGUCACGUAUAACGUGGACAACGUCAGACAGGCUAUCGCUGACAGUUGGCCAAUGAACUUCGACGACUGCAACGCGCGGAAAGACUGGGGCUGGAAACACGACUACGACCUCCCGGAGCUCGUCACGACGAUGCUCAACUACUUUGGCGUGGAAACGCUCAUGGCUCGUGCUAACUGAGCGCGGCGUCCUUCUCUGAGGGCUCUUUUCGAACAGAGAGUAUAGACUGACCAAAGCGAAUUGGAGGAACGUGGCGUGUACAUAGUUGUUCUCUCACUUCUCUCUGUAAAAGGGCUCUGCUUGCCUGUCGCAAGGCUACCGUGUCUCAAGAAUGUAGAAGUCGACGCAGGCUAGACAAUCCUCCCUGCUCCCGUCUCUCUACCCCCGCUCCGCUCUCUUUCCCCUUCUUUCUGCUCGGACAUCUGGUUGCCUUGUCAGUGGAAGCUUGUCAGUAGCAUCCGAUAUCGACGUCCCCUGUGAAAGCUUGUACGGAUAAAUUAUGUUAUUGAAUUGUGCAAAAAAUGUCACACAGGGAAUGUUGAAUUGUGUAUUUGUUUUCUUCAGAAAUGCAAAACAGUAUGGGUUUUUCUUCCUGCUAAAUUUCAUAGGAAUGUUAAAUAUCUAAAUUUGAGCGUCUAAAAGCUCUUAAUCAGGUGACUUUGGAUCGAGAGGUCUUCAAAUACACAAGUUGUUUUCUUUGCACUUUAGAUGAAUCUCUAUCCUUGAAAUUACUGACAAGUGAAAUGAGCCUGUGGGGGCAGCCUCUGUGCACCUGUGAGCAGCGCGGAGCGGUAACUGAGAAUUGUUCUUUUUAUUCCAGGUAAUAUUAUUUAUUCUGUCUGUUGGUGUUUUUAAUGUGCGGGAGCUUCAUUGAACGUUUCUCAAAAUAACUUUUUUUUUAAAAGUGUUUCUGUCUAUUUUUGUUAUAUUAUAUCCCCCCCUCCCCUCCCCAUCAACUCUGGGAUUUAUUUUUACACAAAAGGGAAAUAUGACACUGUACACCACAUUUACAUUCAGCCACUUUUUGUGGUUUCUGUUCUUCAACUUUCUGUAGAAUAAAUUUCGGUUUCUAUGAAA